AUGGCGGCAGGCCAGCGGAUUGGUACAGAUCCUGGGCAGGACUUCGUUCCCGUGGCCAACGACUGGUGUGCAUCAGUCAUAGAGGAAAUCAUGGAGGACCUAGAGGGCUUCGUUGAGGCUUUGGAUAUGCCGGAGGAGCAGAAACAGACUCUGAUGAAGCGCGGGAGGGUGUCGCUCUCCAACCUGCAGCAACGGGGCGAGAUCGCUGAGCAGAAGGCCGUGGUUGAGUCAGAGCAGGAUCGGCGCUGUGUCAUGUGUGGUGCUUGGACAGAAGCCAGGAGAGGCAUCGACCCCCGGCAGAUGGAAGCCUCAAGGCGGGUUGAACAUGGCGCGGCCGGGGCAGUUGCUGAGUUCUUCACGGCCUCGCAAGCCUCGCCCGUGCGGCCUAAGCGGCCGGAGAAGCUCCGGGUUGCAACCCCUGCUCGGCACUCCUGGAGCAGAGUUCCCUUCUUCACCAAGUGGAUCAACGCCCUUUGCCAAGAUCCGCCAGGUGAAGAAGCUCGAACGCCCUGGGUGCCACUGGACGAGAGCAACUUCUUCGAAGAGCUGAAGACUGGCCUAGUGCUGUGCAAGGUGGUGGAAAGGCUGGUUCCCGGCGUGGAUUUGACCACCAAGGGCAUUUACCAUAAGCCGAGGACCCGUGCCACAUGCAUUGCCAACAUCGAGAAGGCGUUGUCCGUAGCCUGGCGCACCGGGGUCAAUGCAGGCAACAUGUGCACGGCUGACGAGAUCUAUGAUUGCAAAGUGACACCUGUCACGCGAUGCAUCACGGAAAUCUUUGAAGCGCUUCAGAUGAGAUUGCGUGAGGUGCGGAGUCGAUCUCGUGAGAUGCUGACCUCCAUGAACGACCGCCUUGUGCCAACAGGGUGUGGCCUGUCGAAAGCCACCCUCAGCGACCGUGGCGACUCCCUGGUGGAAGACUUUGCGGAUUGCACCAAGAUCAUGGCGCUGCUGGUGAGUGUGGGGCGAGCGUCCCCGGAGGAGCUGCUGGCGCUGGCCCAUGCGGAACAGACUGGCAGCGUGAGGGGCAAUGAGUUGGAUGGUCUGCUGGAAGAGAAUGCCCGCAUCCUGAGCCAGGUGCUGGAGGCGAACGGCUGCCCCGUGCUGCUGGGGGACAAGGAGUUUGCUCGCCCGCCGCCGCCCUUUCCGGAUACGCUGCUGCUGCAGCUCCAUCUCAUUUGGCGCAUGAUCACUUCACCUGACUCAGCCAGCCCGUUGGUCUGCCUCACGGGGUCGCUCGCUUGGCCGGUGUCAGGAGCUGCCGGUACAGAUGAUGUUCAAGCUUGGAUGCAGCUGCUGUCCAUGGAGUUCUCAUCUCUGGAAGAGGCCUACUGGAGCUGGUGUGGCAACAUGAGCGGCAGAAUGUCGCAGUCCAGUUUCCUGCGAGCCACCAAAGAGCUCCAGUUCCAGGGAGACACCAAGCUGGUCUGGGACACGUUGAAUCGCGGCGUUCCCGGCUUUGUCUCCGUUGAGGACUUCGCUCGGCCGGAAUUGGAGGCCUCGUUUGCAGAGAUCCUGAGAAGCAACUCGCUGGAGGACGAAGAGGCGAACCUGGAUCCCGACGUAGAAGUGAAUGCAGAGGAAGCAGAGGAGGAAGCAGUAGAAGAAGAUCAGAACGUUGAACCUGAACCUGGAGAGGAGGAGGAGGUGGAGGAGGUGCAGGUUGACCCUGUCGAGCAGGUCGAGUUUGAGGUACUCCUCGAUGUUUCCCCAGGCCCGCGGGAGAUCAGCUCCGACAUGAUUGCGGAUGCUUGCCGCAAGGUGCACGAUGAGGAGCCGCGCUUCGCCAGCGCGGUGGAGGAGCGCACGCGCCUGCUCCAUGAGGACCUCCGCAAGCAGCAAGAGCUGCAGGAGGGCGGUGUAGUGGCUGCUCGCCUGGUCGCCGCCGCCAGCGCUGCCGCCUGCGCCGCCUGCGCGCAGGCGGUGCCGCUGGAGCCAUCGACCAUUGAGGCUGGCCACGAUGUGUUGGAUCAGCUUCCGGCAAUGCCGGAGAUCUCUGAGCUGGUCAAGGAGAUGGAGCAAGCUGCAGCUUGCGGCCCUGGAGAGGAGACGGUGGACCACAUCAACAGUCUACUGGCGGAGAUCCCGCCGGAGGAGCUGCCAGCACCAACCACCAGUGUGGACACGCAGGUCAUUCUGAGUGAUUCUUCGGAGGCUCGCGUGCGGCUUCAGACCAACGUGGUGGAUCGUCCUGACGAGGCGGUCCCAGCCUUGGUCCUGGAGCUUUGGGCCUGCUCUGCCUGCCUUGGCAUAGAGGCCAGCCCAAUGGCUUCGCAGCUGGUAUCGCAGGUUGAUUGCUCCAAAGUCAUCGACAUCGUGCAGCACGGACCUUUGUCCGGUGAUUUGGUCUUCGAGAUCUUGCUAAUUCCCGGUGCAGACUUUCUGCAAGUGGAUCCCCGCUCUCUGGCGAUUGCGAACACCGCAGCUCGAGAGGGCGAGCGGCAUGGACCCAGUGAGCUGAGGCACCAGUCCAAGCUGGUGGAUACACGGCAACAACCGUCUUUGUUCACCGAGGAGUCGGCAGAACGAGGACCUUUGUCCUGUCAAUGCACGUUCGCACAAGCUCCCGCCUGGAGAAAACGCGAGGCUGCAAACUUCUUCGACGAGCUAAGGAUUCUGACCCAAUUUGUGCAGCCAAAAGAGUCAAACAGCUGA